AGAGAUGGUGUCCUUGACGAGCAUAUGGCAAGUGUGGGAGAGCCAAUCGACGCAUUCCCUGGAGAGAGUCCUGCAGCAGGUCACCACAGUCCAGGAGGAGGAGCAAGUGGUCACCCAGUCCCCCCUGCUCCCCCCGCUCGCCAGUUCUUCCCCGCUCCCGUCUACGACCCUCUUCCCGUCGCCGCUCCCGCCCCUGGAAGCCCCGUCGGCCAGGACGUCGGUGGUGGAGUACGACGCGCCGGUGCUGUCGCCAGCCACCCCAGCAGCGCCGCCGACGACGGUAGGAACAUGUUGAUGACGCAGGCACUUGCCGGCCCGAACUCCCCCACGAGGACUCCACCAACUUUAACACCCUCUCCACCUCUUCCUCCUCCAAUACCAACACCACGGCUUCCUCCUCCUCGGGGGCCUCCCACAGGGGCGGCGGCCUUCUCUCUCCAAUUCUAGACCUGCUAGAGCUGGAUUGCAAUGGUGGAGGGUCCGGGGCUGACGAUAACUACCAGACUGGCAGUGGGGAUGGGUCGGAGUGCGAGCCGUGCCACAUUCAGCUGGAUGAGCGGCUGGUCAAGACGUACCCCAUCUGGUUCCUGCCUGACCUCCAGCGCUCGGGGGCCGUGCACCUCCUGCAGGGCAAAGACGAAGGGAACUUCAUCGUCCGCCAGAGCAGCAAGCCCGACACCCUGGCGCUGAGCGUGCGCCUCCCGCAGGACAAGGGCCCCUACAUCCAGCACUACCUCAUCGAGAUCCACAACCAGGCCACGUAUUCGCUCGAGGCUUCGGAAAACCGAUUCGAUACCCCGCCGGCCCUCAUCGCCUACUACUCGCAGUGCUGUGACGAGUUGCCAGUCCAGCUGAAGUUGCCGCGCGCCGUGCAGGAGGCCAGGACGCGGCACGAGCUAGCAUCGCUGGCGCUGCUGGGGCAAGAGUUCUGGGACACGCCGAUGGCCAGCCCGACCGCCAACACCCCGACCGCCGACGCCCCUCGCAGUGUGGCCCCCACGCCCUCGCCACGCCCACAUGACCUCUCCUUCAGCAGCUUCGGGAAGGGCGGCGUGACGCGGGGCAUCUCGUCGUCCAGCCUCCUCUCCCCCAACGCGCCGGCGCUGUGCGGCGCGUCUCUCGCGGGCUCCCUGGCGGGCUCCAUCGGGGGCUCCACCUCCUCGCUCACCCCCAUUCGCCCGGCGCCCCCCGUCCCCUCCCCCGGGGACCGCUCCUCCCUCAACCUCAACCUGGCGCCGCUCGAGGAGAUCCUCAAGGAGCAGCCGAGCCUCUCGUCGUUCCGCUCGCAGCCGGCCACGCCCGUGACGCCGCUCAAGCCGGGCACGCCGGGGGCGAAACCGAUGCCGCCGCCGCGCUCCAGCCCGCCCGGGACGCAGCGCCACGGCCACGCCAGCCCGCCGGGCUCCUACAGGCCCUCCGCCAAGCCCACGCCGCCGACCAGGCUCAGCCCGCCGAUGACGGGCGACGCUGGGACGCCGUCGAGCGAGAACGGGGACAUGACACCGCGCGGGGGCCAGGCGCCGGUGCCGCCCCCACGGUGGGCGCGGCCGAGCAACGUGAACCAGGUGAAGGCGCUGCCGGUGCAGAUCGGGGAGGACGGCCAGCAGGGCAUGAGCGUGCACGUGGCCAGCCUGGAGAUCUCCCCGACGGGCAGCAACACCUCGCAGCCGUACAUCACCACCUCGCCCAACGGCAACCAGAGCGGCACCCUCAACGGCCACCGCGACGCGCUGCACCUGCAGAUCCGCCAGCAGAUCACCUCGCCGCAGAGUACGCCGUGCACGCCGUGCGCCCCGAGCACGCCCCUGGGCGAGGAGGCGCCGGGCAUGCCGCGCGUGCGCCUCCGCAGCGGAAGGCGCGACCGACGCCGCCUCUCGAACCACUACCACGAGGCCAACAUCGUGGAGAACAACGCGCCGUACUGCCGCUCGUCUUUAGCCGACAAGAUCAGCGACUACGAGGACCUGUGGUCGAGUCCGCCCCGCGAGCUGCCUCCCACGCCGACGUCCGCGCAGCCGAAGAUGUCGACCUUCAAGCCGCGGAACGAAAUCUCCAAGUCCAUGGGUGAUUUGAGCGAAAUAUCCAAAAACACAAAACCGGUGACGUUCCCGUACGAUUCGGAGAACAAGAAGGAGGAGGAGAGCUUCUAUGACAACGGGAAGCUGAACGGCACCAGCACGGAUUCCGUGAAUUCCUAUCGCAAGAACCCAAGUCCGUUUUACAUGGAGCCGGCCGACGCGCUCCGGGAGCAGCAGCCGCAGGCGAGGAUCAAUAAGGCCUCCAACAAGUCCACCAGAAAAAUAACGAACAGGUACUCGGACUCCAACAUCCAGUGGAAGUCUCGCAAGAGCCGCAACUCGCUCAGCAAAAUCGACUCAAAUGAAGAUCUGCCUCUUUCUUCCAGCAUCGAAAACUUGGAGAAUGGGAAGAACCUGGAGGCAGUCAACGAAAACGUGGAGGUGGAGAAAAACCGCAAUCUGGAGGUGGAGAAGAAUGAGGUGAACGCAGGCCACUUGAUCAACGGCCAGGCACGGAACGAUGUCCGCCGCCACUCCCGGGCAGGCGGCCGCGGGAAGCCAAUCGCCCCGCCGAGAAUCGGCAGGGACGCCAUGACGCCCAAUGGCGAGCGCACUCCGGAGGCGCCCUGGCGGGUGGACUCCUCGUGGGAAUACCUCGGUGUGGGCUCCGACGACGAAGACGCCCCCGGAGGCGAAGGUCGAUUCCCUGUCGGUGACACGGGUGGGGAGUCAGACAGCGUCAUCAUCCCAGGUGAACGCACCGUGCAGGAUCUGAUAUCAGAGAAACUCCCAGAUCUGACAUUAUUAGACGACCAGUCGCUGGCCCCAAGCUACACAACUCGUGUCAGCGAAUACGACAAUGUUGGAAGCCAUGCCAGUACAAAGAGUGAAGAUCGCCACCAGCAGCAGAAACCCCUUUCUCAGCAACAACCGCAGCAGCAACACAGGCCUGUUCGUAGCAUUCCUCCAGAAGAGCGGCUGCAGCCUCCUCUUCCGACUCACUAUUUCGCCUCGACCGUAAGCGACUCGGGAACCGAAUUCUCCGAGCCUUGGGAUUCCCGGAAGUGGGAGUCAAUAAUGCACUCCGAAGACGACUCCUCGGUCGACCAGUUCCCGCGCAGUCCAACCUGCACGCCGGCGCUGCAACCACCAGAGGACUCGGACAUCGGCGGCGGGGGGAUCACAGAUACAGAAUCCAUCGUCCACAUCACGGGAGAACCAGCUGUCAUCAGCGACGAUGACACGACCUCUGUGUCAGGAGUGCCGACCCUCUCCCUCGCCCACGCCCACAACAUGGACACUCACCUACGAUCAAGAAUAAUGUCACCUCAGCUGCUUGCCUUGAGACACCGCCAAGAUGCCGAGAAUGGGGUCGCCAUCAAGGACUAUGCCAUUGGUCUUGGGAGUGACACAUCAACCACCUUCAGCAGAGCAGUCAGUAACUUCAUCACCUGCACUCUAGAGAGCCCUGAACGUGAUCCCACUGUGGUGACUCGUAAUGUUCGCCAAUUCAUGUCUGGCAUGAAGAAUUACCUCGUCACAAGUGGGGAGAAGGAAUUUGAAGCCAUUGUUAAGAAGGAGCGAAGUAAUCUGAAAGCCACAGAAUUCUUGAAUCUAGAUGCCAUACUGGAAGAUGUAUUAGUUAGGCUAGUUUUACGGCCUCUUUGGGAUCACAUCAACAAGCUGUUUGUUGAGACUUAUUCAGCAAAUGGUUCGAUUCAGCUACUGGCUACAAAUAUGAAAUAUGCAAGGUCACAGCAUUACGUUCGCCUCGGGAUAAGGCCUGAAUUAUCACCACCUUGCGGGAGAGCCCUUGAAACUAUCCGUGGCUUGUUGACAAGGAUGCAGAGAGUGUAUGCACCAAGAGAGAAGUUGGAAUACUUGUUAGCCACAAUAUCACAUAUUUACCAAGCAAUGUAUGAAAACCGAGAUGCACGUGUGUCCGGAGAUGCAGAUGACCUUGUCCCCAUGAUCAAGUGGGUCCUGAGUCAGUCUGGCCUCGUCUCUGCCGAAGUAGAGGCUGAGUACAUGACGCUCCUCCUUCCAAAUGCCUCCUCAGGGGAAGCAUCAUAUUACCUACAGGCAUUCCACUCGGCCAUUCAUGCUCUCAAAAACUUCACGCCUUCACCAGAGUCCUCACCUGGAAACAGUCUCGAUUCUGUUAAACAGGUAGAUUAUGCUCAUCAGGAUUUGUCUGUAGUAUCAGAUGAAGGCGUGAUGAAGAUUGUAAUCCCAGAUGAGAAAAAUGGCAGUAUAGUAACCCGCACAUUGCCCAUACGCCCUGGCACAACCACACGUGAAGUGUGCAAGAUGAUGGCACACAAGCUGCGAGUCACAAAUCCACAAGAUUAUGGCCUUUAUAAACUGGUAGAUGGAUUAGAGAGUUUGCUGGCUGACAAUGAAUGUCCACACAAGGUGAAGUCGGAUCUGACCACACAUGGCUUUCACUGUACUUUCGCCUUCAAACGAAUUGAUGCUAAGAUUGCGUGGCCCUUUCUCUCGUGAUUGACCAUAGGACGUGAUCUCAGAAAAUAAACCAAGAAGGGAAAUGCAGUCAUAUCAAAAGUGAAGAACCAGAGAUGCUGUAAUUGCUCAUGAUUUUACCUGGCAGUGGCAAAGAAAAUAGGGCAAGGAGAAAGAUAUACUACAGUAGGCUAAGCAUGUUUCAGAGGUCACUUAUUGAAAGUAUUUAUAUUGUAUAUUUGAUUGAUUAUGUGAUGUACUUAUGAUGUUAUAAUAUACUCAAGCCAUUAACACAUCCAAGUAACAUAUGAAGGGCAUUCAACAGGGACAAUAUACUGAAACUUCAAAAAUGCUGCUUACAGUAGCUUUGGAAAUUGGAUGUGUGUAAUAGUUAAUUUCAACAUUAAUCAGAUACACAUACAUAUUGCGUCUAUGAGGUUUCUUGUUGUGUCGUAAAUUGUUAUCUUGUAACUUUCUUCCCCCCCCCCCUUUUUUUUCUUUUCCAUGGUUAAUAUUGCCUCACUUUCUCAAGACAUAAGUAUGUGUAAAUAUAGCAUGUUAAAACUGUCUUCAGGAUAGGUACGUGCAGUAGAUCCAUGGGAACUUUGUUUAUGGUGUUUAAUUUCUUUUGAAGAUGGCUCUUUUUCUCUCUUUUGUUAAGUGGCCUCUAAAAUUAAAGAAAGUAUAAUGAAAUCAUUACUUGAUUUCUGUUUCUGAAAGAGGAAGAAAUAGAAUAUGGUUCAACUUUAUGGAAGGCAUGUAACUCAGUGAAGGGUGCAUAAUGUAUAACAUGAAUCAGAGAGUUCAAUUAUUAAGACCUAAAGAUACGUAGCAAAUUUAUGAUAAUCAAAAUCCAAAAAAAAAAAGAAAGAAAAUCUCAUAGAGUGUGAAUUGAGAUCAAUGUCCCGGUGGAAGCCACGUUAGCAGCAGGUGAAUGGCUGAAAGGUGUGAGGAGGUGAACAAGGUCCUAAAUAACCUUGGAUGUAAAUCUCUGAUGUGUAAAGACUAUGGAAGAGUAAUAGUGAUGUGCAUUUAUUAAUAUUGUAUUUGUAUAAUGACAUUUUUUCUUGAUACUUCUUUGAAUGUAAAUAUGUUAAUAUAUGUCACAUAUGUGUUUUUUGGAAUCUCAUCACUUUCUUUUUUAGUUAUUAAAGCCAAAGUAUACUUCUUGAUCUGGCAGAAACAUUUAUUAGGCAAAUAAGGUGACUAAGGAAUUAUUUUUCAUUUUCUCUCCACUAUUCAGACAUAGAAUUUUUUUUUCUGUGUCAUAGCCAUUAUUCCUUUCACCAAUAUUGUUGAACUGAUUUUUAAAACAGAUUUUCAGUAUUGGUAAGAAAAAAGAUACAAUCAUGGAAGCCAAUAUUGAGAUAAAAAAGUACAUGAAAUAUCAGACAUAGGAAUAUUCCAGUUAAUAAAAAGAGAGGAAGUUCACAACAACAAUAAAAAAAAAAAAAAUCUGCAGCUCUCAGUUAGAAACAAAGAAAUCAGAACCCUUUCCACAGCCACAGGGGAAGUUGGUUCUUAGUUGCUCCCGAGAUCUUCAGUUGCUGUUUCACAUAACCCUUGAUGAUAGGCCUUAGUUUUGCUCAAGAUGGUAGCUGUAGGUCCGUGUUGUGGUAAUGAUAAGAACUGGUAGGCUAGGCAACAGCUUGUAAUGGAUAUCUCAGUCUUACCAAUUUGAAUGUACAUAUUAGCAGAUGGUGAGAGGGAAGCUUUCUUAACCAUUAUAUUUAUAUAUAUUUCACAUUAAUAUGUUUUGGAGAGAAGAAGAGAAAAAAAAAAAUGAUGCAAGAUCAUAACUUUAACAGAAUUUAACACUUAUUUGAUAAUGCUUCCCCCGAACUGAUCAAGAAUAUAUUGUGACACAGUGGGUAAACCCCCUAAUGUACUCAAGCAUACGUAUUGCCACAAAAUGACCUCGUAUCAUGUAUACAGUGCCAUUCACAUUUUUUAACUUUUGUGCUGGAUUAUUAGGCACACAGCAUUUACCACCGGGGAUUUUGGUCUUUUUUUCUAUAAGCUGCAGAGGAUGAUUUUCUACUUUUAUAAUAAACUCUAACCAUAUCACACUCAGUGUAGUUUAGAGAGGGACACUGAUAUUAUGUGUAAGAUUCACCAGUCUUCUUGUAUAUAGUCCAGUUUCUUUGCAAAUAAUGCUGAAUGGCUGUGUUACAGUUGGUGUAAGGGUAACCCGUAUUAUUGAUUUCAAAUUUCUCAUUGUAUAUUGUGUGUGAUGAUUGGGGUCUUUGUAUUUUUGUAUUAUUGUUUAGAGUAUUUUAAUGACAAAAUUACCAACUAAAUGGUUCAGAUUUGAUAAUCAAAGUUUCCUAAAUGUUUGAAAGCAAAAGGAAUCAAAAAUACGGGUAACCAUGUUUGUGUACAAUGUCUAGUCAUUGCUUGGUAACUGUAGUUGCAUUAAAGCUUUUUAUAUACUAAUAUCAAACAUUAUUAAACCUAUUUCCAGAUCUUGUGAAUGAAAAUGUGCCGGUAUAUUGGAAUUCAUGAUGUGAUUAAAAUGUUCUAAAGUGUCUAUAGUUAAUAAAAAUGCUCACUGAA